AUGAGCUCCCAAGUAGGGGCAAUCGCCUCGGUGAACGCCUUAAUCGGCAAGGUUUUCAAACAACCCAAAGGAGAUUUCGCGGAUAGGCUCAACUCGAGGAUCACAGUAUGUCUACUGUCAUUAUCAUCGGUAUUGCUGAUGUCAUCGCACUUUAUGGGCGAUCCGAUCACUUGUUGGACCCCAGCUCAGUUUACGAAACAAUGGUCAGAUUUUGUUAAUCAGUACUGCUAUGUUCACGGGACAUAUUUUGUCUCUUUGAAUGAAUCACUGCCCUUUCAUGAAACUGAACGGCGGAGGAUACCCAUUAAUUACUAUCAGUGGGUCCCUUACAUUCUUGCCGUGCAGGCGUUCCUCUUCUACUUGCCACGAUUUAUUUGGAAAUCGCUCAUCUCUGUAUGUGGAUACGAUCUAGCAGGAGCCAUACAGUAUGUGGAUGGAUUCUGGACCACUGUCAAGACCAACGACGCUACUUUCAAAGCACGUAUCGCAGCAUUUGAAGGACGUGCUUCUUCUUAUAUUUGGGAUGGGUUGCGUCUGGCCCGAAGCAAGGGAAGUAGGGAUAUGGCGCUCUACUACACUAUAUCAACAGUGAUACAAUCACUAAACGCAUGGAUUCAGUGGUACUGGCUGAAUUCUUUGCUACAGUCCCCUCUUUACACUCUGUGGGGACCGGCGCUAGUAAGUGAUCUCAUCCGAGGGAAUGAUUGGCAGGUCACCGGACACUUUCCCCGAAUUACUCAUUGUGAUUUCAACAGAAGACGACCAGCAAGUGUACAGCUCGAUACUGUUCUCUGUGUCCUAACACUCAAUAUUUAUUACGAGAAACUGUUCAUUUUUCUGUGGUUCUGGUUGCUUUUUGUUGCUAUCGUGUCAACUACAAAUUCAAUAUACUGGACCGUUAGUUUAUGUAUAAGCACAAAGGCACGUCGCAUUAUCACAGACUACCUGGCCACGGAUCCUGACUCGAGGGGAAAACAUUUGUCUGUAGAGCAGUUCUUCAGACUUUUGGGAAAGGAUGGGCUCUUCGUGCUACAGCAAAUGGCCCUUAACCUUGGGGACAUUCCAGCUAGCUACCUUUCCAUUGCCAUGAGAAACGUCGGCGAACACUGGAUAGAAGAGAAUCAAGACCUUAACCUCAUUGUGGACGAGAAACAACCGCUUAAGAAUUUUAAAUCUGUUUAG